AUGGAGCACGCUAAGCUUGCAAAAGUAGAAAAAGUACUAGGAAGGACAGGGAGCAGAGGAGGAGUGCAGCAAGUACGCGUUACUUUUAUGACGGAGGAGUCCGACCUACAGGGGAGAACUCUUAUACGUAAUGUUAAGGGUCCAGUAAGAGAGGGAGAUAUAUUAGCCUUAUUAGAGACAGAAAGAGAAGCAAGAAGAUUAAGAUAA